GGCGGUGAUUGCAGUCUGAGCUAGUAGGGGGUGGAGCGGUUAGUAAACAGCAAAUGCAGAAGCUGCUGCGCGGGAGUCAGCCAUGGACUGGAAAGAAAUUCUUCGCCGGCGGUUAGCGACGCCCAACACAGAAAAAAAAAGUGAACAAGAAUUAAAAGAUGAAGAAAUGGAUUUGUUUACCAAAUACUACUCAGAAUGGAAAGGGGAUAGAAAAAACACAAAGGAAUUCUAUAAGACCAUACCCCGCUUUUAUUACAGGCUGCCAGCUGAAGAUGAAGUCUUACUACAAAAAUUAAGAGAGGAAUCCAGAGCUGUCUUUCUCCAGAGGAAAAGCAGAGAACUGUUAGAUAAUGAAGAAUUACAGAACUUAUGGUUUUUGCUGGAUAAGCACCAGACACCACCUAUGAUUGGAGAGGAAGCAAUGAUUAAUUAUGAAAAUUUUUUGAAGGUUGGUGAAAAAGCUGGACCAAAGUGCAAGCAGUUUUUCACAGCGAAAGUCUUUGCUAAACUCCUUCAUACAGACUCUUAUGGAAGAAUUUCUAUCAUGCAGUUCUUCAAUUAUGUCAUGAGAAAAGUUUGGCUUCAUCAGACAAGAAUAGGACUCAGUUUAUAUGAUGUUGCUGGACAAGGGUACCUUCGGGAAUCUGAUUUAGAAAACUACAUAUUGGAACUUAUCCCUACUUUGCCACAAUUAGAUGGGCUGGAAAAGUCUUUUUACUCCUUCUAUGUUUGUACAGCAGUUAGGAAGUUCUUCUUCUUUUUAGACCCUCUAAGAACAGGGAAGAUUAAAAUUCAAGAUAUUUUAGCAUGCAGCUUCCUAGAUGAUUUAUUGGAGUUAAGGGAUGAGGAACUGUCCAAGGAGAGUCAAGAAACUAAUUGGUUUUCUGCACCUUCUGCCCUAAGGGUAUAUGGCCAGUAUUUGAAUCUUGAUAAGGAUCACAAUGGUAUGCUCAGUAAAGAAGAACUGUCCCGCUAUGGAACAGCAACUAUGACCAAUGUCUUCUUAGAUCGCGUUUUCCAGGAGUGUCUCACAUAUGAUGGAGAAAUGGACUAUAAGACCUACCUGGACUUUGUUCUUGCGUUAGAAAAUCGAAAAGAACCUGCUGCUCUGCAGUAUAUUUUCAAAUUACUUGAUAUUGAGAACAAAGGAUAUCUGAAUGUCUUUUCACUUAAUUACUUCUUUAGGGCCAUACAGGAACUAAUGAAAAUCCAUGGACAAGAUCCUGUUUCAUUUCAAGAUGUCAAGGAUGAAAUCUUUGACAUGGUUAAACCAAAGGAUCCUUUGAAAAUCUCUCUCCAGGAUUUAAUCAACAGUAAUCAAGGAGACACAGUCACCACCAUUCUCAUCGAUCUGAAUGGCUUCUGGACUUAUGAGAACAGAGAAGCUCUUGUUGCAAAUGACAAUGAAAACUCUGCAGACCUUGACGACACAUGAUCUCUCAAAGACUAGACUGUGUUCAUUAAGAUAAGCUUGAAUGCUGCACGCAAAACCUUUCAAGCACAAUCCUUGGAAACAGCCUAAAUAAAACACUUUAUAUGCCUAUAGAA